AUGUUGGAUGCAGAAGUCAUCAUCGUUGGUGCUGGCCCUUCUAGCAUUGCGCUGGCACAUACUUUGAAACACAAGGUGGGAUUAAAUGACUUCACGAUAUACGAAAAGAUGGAAGGACCGGGAGGUGUAUGGAGAUCAAAUACAUAUCCGGGAGUAGGAUGCGACGUGCCUACAAUUUUGUAUUCUUUCUCUUUCAACCAGAAUCCCAACUGGUCUAAGGAGCUGUGUGGAGGGUCAGAAAUCUUACAAUACAUGGAGUCAACUGUGGACAAAUUCGACUUGCGCAAGCACAUGCACUUUAGCAUCGAAUGUGUUUCUUCAAGUUGGAAUGAAAAGGGAUUCUGGGAAGUCCGCCUUCGAGACCUUUUGACCAACAUCGAAUACACGAGAACCUCUAAGGCCUUCAUUUCCGCAGUUGGGGGUAUAUCCAAACCCCGAGAUGUCAGAUUUCCAGGAUUGGAAACCUUUCAUGGCGAGGUGUUUCAUACAGCCCGGUGGAAUCACAGCUAUGACUAUCGAGGAAAGCGGAUGGCAAUCAUAGGCAACGGAUGCAGUGCGGUGCAAGUGGUCCCUGAGGUUGCUAAAGAGGCCUCAUUUGUAAAACAAUAUGCCCGGAGCCCACAGUGGUAUCACGAGCGUCCGAAUCGAAGCUUCACGUCACUGGAAAAGUGGUUUUUCAGGUAUAUUCCCCUCUUGGAGCGUUUCAUCAGGCUUCGCGUGUUCCUCGCUAGUGACAAAGUGGUAGCAGCGUAUGGGCCAGGAGUGGAAGCUUCAAAGCUACGCGCUAAAGCAGAAGACCAUGCACGGGAAUAUAUAUUCUCGACGGCUCCUAAGAAAUAUCACCAUUUCCUUGUUCCGGACUUUCCACUAGGUUGCAAGCGCCGAAUCUUUGAUCCUGAUUAUCUCGAGACUCUUCACAGCCCCACGGUCGAACUAGUGCCCCAUGGGAUCGAGUCGGUCGACCAGACAGGCAUUACUAGCACAGAUGGUAUGAGAACUGAGUUUGAUGUCAUUGUCCUCGCAACAGGCUUUGAAGUUCAAGAGUUCCUAGUUCCAAUGCAGGUCUACGGAAGAGAUGGCCGUAGUCUGGCGCAGCAAUGGAAGGAGAAUCGAGGGGCUCAAGCAUACAUGGGGACAUAUGUACAUGGGUUUCCCAAUUUUGCAACCUUAUUUGGACCAAACACAUUCCCGGCCCAUAACUCUGUACUCUUUGCAGUAGAGGUCCAGGUCGCUUAUAUCGCCAGAACGUUGAUUAUUCCUUUGAUUGAUCAUCGCAUAUCGACACUUGAGGUGAAACAAACCGUCGAGAACCAAUGGCAACGGACGGAACUCUGCCUCAUGGCCUGGCUAUGCAUCAACGUUUUGGAGGGAAUCACUGCAGCCACAUUGGAACACUUUUCUCAAAAGACCCAAUUCGCGCUGGUGGAUUAUACACCGUAUGAAACGCUGGGCUGUGAUGACAAGCCCGAAAACGUACGGAUUUCUGGGGCUGCUUUUAUUGCUCAAGACACAAACCACCACAGUGCCAAAUAUCUUGAGCAAUGUUCUUGGUGCUGCGAGAUCGUUUGUGGAUGUCGUUUUGGCUUAUUGGUCAUUCUAUUAGGCAUAGGGUGCAUCCUCCACAAUCUACGUAUGAUAGGGCUCGGCUUCUUUGCCGGCUGGCUCAAGUCUUUCCUAUCGAACCGAUCGACAAGGCUGCAGCUCCCCGGAUAUCUCAGCAACCUUACUUUAACCCCUACCGGGAUCCCCCAGGGGUCCCCCAUAUCGCCGAUCCUAUUCCUCCUAUUCAACACCCCCCUCAUUCGCGCCCUAUCGAUCGACGGUAUUGAGGCCCUUCGGAUUCAGCCAACCCUCCUGGAGGGAGGCAAGACGGUCUCCUACGGGUGGAUUGACGAUGUUGCCACCCUGGCCAUCUCGGAUAGCUACGCGGUCAAUCAGCGUCUUCUAGAGAGGGCCCUGGAUAAGGCCGCGCUGCCCAUCAAGGACCACGCAACCGGCUUUAUCAUCAAGCCAGUGGAGUACGCCAAAUACCUAGGAAUCUGGCUCGAUAAGACCCUUUCGUUCGACACUCACAGGGCCAAGGCCCUUGCUAAGGCGAACAGGACUUUAGAAGCCCUCCGCAGCACCUCAGGCUCGACCUGGGGGACCUCCCUGCUGAGCAUGCGCCGCAACUACCUAGCAGUGGUAGUCCCUCAGCUACUCUACGGGGCGGCCGCCUGGUAUAGCCCUACGAGCCGGACAGUUAACUACAAGAAGCUCCAGAAGACGGUUAAUGAAUUUCAGAGGAUUCAAGGCCUCCGGAUACUCUCCGAUGGAGGCACUGAAGUGGAAGAAAACAGGCCCGCUAUACGCGAACAGCGGCAGGCAGGAAGAAUGGGAGACCAGACGGGCUUACGUGUUAGCCCCGUGGGAGUUGCCCCUAAGGACCGGCGGAUCUGGUAUACAGAUGGAAACGGUUAUCAGGGGAUAAUCGGAGCUGCCGCGGUCUCUAUUCGAGCAGAUAGGACCGCCAGGAAGUACCUAGGAACGGAACUGGACUCUACGGUCUACGUGGGGGAGUUGGAAGGGGCCCGAAUGGCCCUGGAUCGGGCGAAGCUUAUCCCGAUUACGGUCUUCUCAGAUAGCUAG